CGGAACAAAACUCGAGUUAAUUCGAAUUUUCUUCUCGAAUGAAUUUCAAUAAUGUGUUAACGAAAGAAAAACAAGAAUGAAUCCAAGCGAAGUGGUGUUUUUAGCAGAAAGAAAGCUUGUUACGAUAGUGCCAAAUUUCACUUUCGGUGCGAUACAUUUGAUCUCCGGUACUAUAGGACCAUUUCGUGCUGGUUUACCUGCAAAAGUACCGAUUUGGCUUGCUGUAAAUUUAAAACAACAACAAAGAUGUCGCAUUGUUAAUCCAGAAUGGAUGGAAGCUGAAAGUUUAGAGGAAGUUGCAGAGACAGAGAAAUUGUCCAAAUUGUUCACUAAAAUGCCAAGCAGUCAUUAUAUGGAUGAGGCUCAGCUAUUGCUUAGCGUAGCCAGUGACGAUAUACAUGAGUCAGAAAAAAUAAGGACAGCGAUAAAAGAUAUAUGGGAUUUAAGAAUGUCUAAACUACGAACAUCCGUAGAUUCAUUUAUAAAGAGCGAUAGUUUGCAUGCAAGACUUGAUCAUCUUACCAUGAUGGAAAUCAAUAGUAUACGUCCAUUAUUACCACAUACUUUAGAUCAAAUAUUAAGAAUUCAAUCUAGUAGUAGCGGUACAGGAAGUACUACUGCGUCUCAAUGAAAAUAUUACAUUUUUUUCAUUUAUAAAGCCAAGGAUAAGGAUUAUUAAUAAUAGAAUAUAUAUAUAUAUAUCUUUUUUCUUUUUUUUUUUUUUCUUCAUACGAGUGUUGUAGAAUAGUUUUAUUACUUAAUUUACUUUAUCUCAGUACAUCAUACAGUCACUAGCAUCUCAAUCACAUGUUCUCAUUAUCACUAUCAUUAUUAAAUGCGUAUUUACAGUGGUA